AGGCUUCGGAGAGGAAGUGUUUGCAAAGUUUUAUUGCUCUUAAUAUUGUACUAUAUACUUCGUUUCUGACUGUUGGCGCCAACUAAGGCCAACGCGUUGAAAGUGGUGCCGGUGGGUACCUUGUUCGCCUGGCGAUCUUGGUCAUUUUGAUGAUCUUCAUCCUUCUGAUCUUGGUGGAUCUUUGUGAUAGUUUCAAGGAUUUACGACCAUGACCAACACUGACUCAUGUAGUGCCCGGUUUUUAUCUUGGACAGAAUAUCCUGAUAUUGCUGGUCUCUGUUCCAAGACCUAUUUGUUAACUCAUUGUUUGUUAGUGUAUUAUUAAUGGCAUUGCUUUCAUAUUCGUCAUGUCAUGAGUCGACUGAUGGAAUCGAUCUUAUAUAUAGAAUUAAGUCCGGACCGUUUUAAUGGAUAGGAAACAAGAUGUUGGUGUCAAAGGUAAAUAAUGUAUGACGUAGAACUUCCUUACCGUUCCCUGUAUGUUAUAAUGAACGAACAAUUCAGAAGAUUUGUUAUGUGAACGAUCAUGGAUGUUGUCAGUGCGACGCCUGAGGAAGUAUCCUCAUCGUUGGAAGAAAGUAUCCGAGACAACAGUGCCGACGAUGACGAGCAGGCGCCGACCUAUGUUGAUUAUCACAAUUUAGGACACCAAGGACACGAAGAAGCCCAUUUCGCGAAAAGGGCAGAUGACGUUGUCUCACUUCAUACGGACGCGCCAGCAGCAGCACUGCAGCCGCAGCAAUCUAUUCAAGCAUCGGCAUUUGUGGAAGAAUAUACUUCAAAAAAUGUCCUGCAGGGUAUGCGUCUGCCGCCCAUUGAGGUGCAACAGGCGACGAAAACCUCUCCCUCUUCAGGUCGGAUAGUGACUGCAGAUGUGCCCAGCACGGCUGCUCGGCAGGUUCGGUAUUAUGGGGAAAAAGACACGUGUUGUGAAAACGCCUCGAUUCAGCGAGCCAUCGGAGAGGUAAUCAAUGGGCACAUGCCGACGUUUGCAGACUCAGGUCACGGCGAUGUGAACGUUGCGACCCUUGGAGGGCUCACGCCUUUGCUAGCCGCAGUCAAAUUUGGUGCUCCCGUUGCGAUUGUUGAGGCACUUGUGGCCCGAGGCGCCGAUGUGCUCCAUCAGCGGCCUGGUGACGAGUGGACCGUGCUACACCAAGCAGCUGCACAGCGAAGAUAUCAUUUGAUCCCUUUGCUACUGCGACUGGGGGCCGACCCGAGGCUGCGUGCUGGCGGGCGCGGUACCGCACUGCUGGAGCUAUGUCGGCACUGCCCCGCAGAGCCGCGUGAACCGAAACGACGAGUGCCGCGUCCAGGUGAAGAUAGGAGAGAAACGUCGGAGAAAAGCGGAAAUAAUCAAGACGGCGCUCAGAGACAACAGAAGCGGGGCGCUCUUGGUCAACACUAUGCGGCAGUCGAUGCGAGCGGGGCACUGCGGAGCAUCCUGGAUUGGUACGCGCACAAAAACAGCAGUCAGAGUAAUGCCGCCACUCGUGAGGGAGAUACUUCUAAAACCGGUGACACGAGGAGAAGGAAUCUUGCUCGCAUCUCCUCACCGGAAGAGGCCGUGAAUGAGCGCGACAAUGAGGGAAAUACCCCUUUAAUGUUUGCUGCGCUCACCGACAAUUUCCCUUUGGUGAAACUGCUGGUGGAGAGAAAGGCGCUGCUUUGCCGCGAUCGCUGUACGCGAGAGUGCGACCAGAAAUGGCACAGGCCGCUCGUGAACAUGCACCACCGAUCUGCAGUUGACUGCUGCGCCGGCUCGGCAAUCGGCCUCGACAUAUUCAGCUUUUUAGAUCAUCUGGGAACGAAGGCAGUCGGCGGGCGUUGGUCCUGAAACUCGUCAGGAGAAACUUUUCCGCAUGACGCACCACACAGCACGCUAAAUAGUUCUCGAUGUUGUUGAAGCAAGUCACUUCAUAUCAUAGCCGUAUUGAUAAUAGCUUUACACGAUUUGAACAACACACCAGAACUUUUGCAUGUGGCGAAAAAGUAACAUUCAUAACGUAAAAACAUGGACUUCAUCUUCCACAAGUAGAGCUGUGAAAGUUUUUCGAACAUGAUCAGUCAGUCUACUGUGAAUUUCGGAC